CACAAUGCAACUCACUUUAAAUCUGAUUUUAUUUGUGUCAAUGCUAUGGAUGGCUGGGAUCUGUCCAGCAGCAUGUAAAACCAACCUGGUCAGCUGCAGGCUGAUGGCUGAGCCUCAGCUGCCAGGUCUUAUUAUGAAUGGAGAUUUUGUGAUUGGAGGCAUUUUCUCUAUUCAUAGCUAUUUGAGAUAUGAACAGAACACAUACACCACGCAGCCACUGCAGCUACAGUGCUCUGGGAGUAUGGUCUUUCGGGAACUGCGCUUAUCCCGUGCCAUGGAAUUCGCCAUCCAUGAGAUCAACAACAGAACAGAUCUCCUACCAGGAAUUACAUUAGGAUACGAGAUGCACGACUCGUGCGCUGCCGUGCCGAUGGCCAUCAAAGUAGCAUUUCAGUUUGCUAACGGCAUAGAGCGAUUUUUCAAUGACUCUGAUUCCUGUUCAAAAUAUGGUGCUGCGGCUGUACCAGCUCUUGUAGGAGAGUCUGGUUCCACCCCGUCAAUCAGCAUGGCUAGAAUCCUGGGUCUAUUUGGAAUUCCUCAGGUGAGUCCUUAUGCAACCUGCGCUUGUCUGAGUGAUAAACGCCAGUAUCCUGCCUUCUUCAGGACCAUACCUAGUGACCACCACCAAGCGGCUGCCUUGGCAAGAAUGGUCAAGCACUUUGGCUGGACGUGGAUUGGGGCCGUGCGCAGUGAUUCAGAUUAUGGGAAUAAUGGAAUGGCCUCGUUUCUAAAAGCUGCGCAGGAGGAGGGGAUCUGCGUGGAGUACUCGGAGGCCUACUACAGAACACAACCGCGCAGCAAACUGGAGAGAGUGGCAAACGUUAUCCGCAGAUCAACAGCUCGGGUAAUAGUGGCGUUUCUUGCUUCAGGAGACAUGAGAAUUCUCAUGGAAGAACUGGUACGAAAUCCGCCGCCUCCACUUCAGUGGAUAGGCAGUGAAACUUGGAUCACAGAUCCAGAAUUUCUAAAGUUUAACAUGUGCGCUGGGGCAGUGGGUUUUGGCGUUCCUCGAUCAGUGAUUCCAGGUUUUCGUGAGUUUCUUCUAGAUCUAACUCCAGCAAAAGCACUGAAAUCGCCCUGGUUAACGGAGUUUUGGGAGCGCUCAUUCAGCUGCAGCCUAAAAGGCAAGACGGGUGCGCGGGAAUGUGAUGGCAGUGAGGACAUCCGCGCUCUACAGAACCCGUACACAGACACAUCGCAGCUGCGCAUCACUAACAUGGUGUAUAAAGCCACCUAUGCCAUAGCGCAUGCCAUCCACGGUGCAAUCUGUAAUGAUACACAAUGCGAUCGCACUAUUAAACUCUCACCCCUGCAGAUACUCCAGCAGCUAAAGAGGGUGAAUUUCACUGAGAACGGCUUUCCAGUUUCAUUUGAUUCCAAAGGAGAUCCAGUGGCUGUCUAUGAGCUCAUAAACUGGCAGUUGAAAAAAGAUGGGGCUUUGGAUUUUAUGACAGUGGGCCUCUACGAGUCGUCCAAACCCAGAGGCCAAGAGUUCAGUAUGAAUAGAGCUAUUAGCUGGAUGGGAGGACAAACUGAUGUCCCGGUGUCUGUUUGUAGCGAAAGUUGUCCCUUGGGCACCAGAAAGGCUGUACAGAAAGGGAAGCCCAUCUGCUGCUAUGAUUGUAUACAAUGUGCAGAGGGAGAGAUCAGUAACAGGACAGACUCUUUGGAUUGUAUACACUGUCCUUCUGAGUUCUGGCCCAACAAAAGGCGAGACAGCUGCCUUCCAAAGCCAGUUGAGUUCCUGUCCUGGGACAGCACUCUGAGCAUCAUUCUGACAGCAUUCUCUGUUGCUGGGGCCAUCAUGGCUUUAUCUGUGGCUGGUGUCUUCUACAAACACAGAACGUCUCCCAUCGUCCGAGCCAACAACUCAGAACUGAGCUUUCUGCUGCUUUUUGCACUGGCUCUGUGUUUUCUCUGUUCACUCACUUUCAUUGGUGAGCCAUCUGGAUGGUCCUGUAUGCUGCGUCACACCGCGUUUGGGAUCACCUUUGUCCUCUGCAUCUCCUGUGUUCUGGGGAAAACAAUAGUGGUGUUAAUGGCCUUCAGAGCUACACUUCCAGGCAGUAAUGUCAUGAAAUGGUUUGGGCCUCCACAGCAGAGACUCAGUGUUCUUGCUUUCACUCUCAUACAGGUCCUUAUUUGUAUUCUCUGGUUAACAAUAUCCCCUCCCUUUCCCUUGAAAAAUUUAAAACACUACAAAGAAAGAAUAAUCCUAGAAUGUGGGUUGGGUUCAGCGAUAGGUUUCUGGACUGUUCUGGGUUAUAUAGGCCUCUUGGCUCUUUUUUGUUUUGUUUUGGCUUUUCUAGCCAGAAAGCUUCCUGAUAACUUUAAUGAAGCCAAAUUCAUCACAUUCAGCAUGCUCAUAUUCUGUGCAGUCUGGAUCACCUUUAUUCCAGCUUAUGUCAGCUCUCCUGGAAAAUUUACAGUCGCUGUGGAGAUAUUUGCUAUACUGGCUUCAAGCUUUGGUUUAAUUUUUUGCAUUUUUGCUCCCAAGUGUUUUAUAAUCAUGUUCAGGCCAGAACAGAAUACCAAGAAACACCUUAUGGGUAAAGUACCAUCUAAAGCUCUUUGAAACCAAAUAAAAAGGUAAAAAGAUGGCUUAGCACCUGUUAAUUUUGAGGACUUUAAUUAAUGAUAAUAAAGUAAUAAAGUAGA